UUAUAUAUAUGAGGCUAAGACCUACCGUUUUGAGCCUAAGAACUGAUAUAAAAGAUAAUCUUAACGGUAUUUUAAUUGACCUAGAUAAUAGUGUAAGUAUUCGUUAUCAAAUUUGGUAACUUUAUUAAAUAUGAAUCGCAAUAACGAUACUUUAUAGUAUCUGAUCUGCAGCCAUAACAUCAGUUACAAGCGCUACUUGUACCAAGAAAGUCGUGUCCAACAAAUAUACAAUGACAACAGGAGAAGAACAUUUGAAGAUAUUUCUUCAAGACAUUGCAAAAAAAGAAAAUUAUGUACAAAGUAAAAUCGAUAUCAUUCCAAUCUCUUCUGGAGGAGCCAACUUUACAGCAGAUUUAUACCUGGCCACAAUUUCAGAACCUCUAAAACCAGACAUAAAUAUUUUUGCCAAAGCUGCUACUCUGAACGAGGACGCAAGAAAAAAUAAUGAUGUCCUAUCCAGGGUAUACGAAAAAGAAGCACUUUUCUAUUCUGAUCUGGCCGUAAACUUCGAGAGACUUUAUGAUAAGUGCCAUGUCCCUGAAGAAAACAGGUUGUAUAUACCCAAAUAUUACGGGCAUUUAUUAAUCCCUUACGAGGAGAUUCUGGUUCUGGAGAAUCUUGAUGCAAAGGGAUUUAACUGCUAUGAUAGAAUGAAGACAUUUAACUGGGAUUAUGCAUCAACAGCUGUUACUGAGCUGGCUAAAUUUCAUGCCGUUGGACUAGCAUUGCGAGAUGAAAACCCUGAUGAAUUCACAAGAAUAGUCAACCGAUUCAAAUUUGAUAUAUCCGACAACCAUGAACAAAUACACUCAUACAUAAAAAUGGCGCUUGAGAAUGGGGGUAAAGGCUUAAAAUAUGAUUAUAAAGAACGCCUGCAUAAGUUUUUCUCAUCACCCGAGGAUUUGGUGAAGCUUAUGAUAAUGAAAGAUGAAAAGUUUUUGAUUCAUGGAGAUUUUAGACCAAGCAAUCUGAUGCAUAGGCGUCGCAACGGAAAGCUGGAGAUAGUUCCUCUAGAUUACCAAACCUUAAGGGCUGGAAACCCAGUAGCCGAUCUCAUGCAUUUUGUCUUCUCCGGUUCUGAUGAGGAAUUCCGCCGUCUCCACUACCAUAGGCUCAUGGACUAUUACUUCACGCAGCUGACAUUGGCCCUGCAGCAGCUUCAUUUGGACGUGGAGAAGGUGUAUCCUAGGGAGACUUUUGAUGCAGACCUGAUUAAAAUGAGACCCCUAGGUCUAUUCCUAGGUCUAAUAAUGGUGGGAAUGGUGACUGUGGCCCCUGAAGAAGCGCCCAAGCUGGAUGGCGACAUUAAAAAAAUGCAGGUGAACCCCAACCAGACCGCUUUGGAACGCAUAAGUGGAAUUGUGAAAGACUACGUCCGAUGGGGAGUUUUAUGAAUAGUUCUUAAUGAAUCUGGCUGUAAUAUGGUGAUAAAUAAAUUUGGGCACUUC